UUCUUAUUAUAAAAAUACACCCUUACACAAACACAUAUUACUCACAGCCGGCCAUUCCACAACUUGAGAAUUCAAAACUUUCUCUUGAAUUGUUUGAAGUGUUCAGUAUACCCACUUCACCAUCUCCCUCAGCAUGCCUGAAAGCAAGAAAGUAGUCAUUAAAGUGGAUGUCCAUGACGAUAAAUGUAAAAGAAAGGCCAUGAGGGCAGUUUCCGGCCUUUCAGGGAUUGAGUCGAUGGCUAUAGACAUGAAAGACAAGAAAUUGACAUUGAUUGGUGACGUUGAUCCAGUGGAUGUUGUCGGAAAACUCAAGAAGUGGCAUACGGAGAUUGUCACUGUCGGUCCCGCGAAAGAAGAAAAGAAGAAAGUUGAAGAAAAGAAGCCAGAUGAAGAUAAGAAGAAGAAGGAAGAAGAAGAAGAAAGGAAGAGGUGGGAAGAUUUCCAAAGAUGGAUGGCUCUUCACAGGCCUAUUAAUCCUUACAUGCCACAACAAUACUGUGUUCGUAGUGUCGAAGAUUAUCCCGACAAUAGCUGUGUUAUUUGUUGAUCGAGUGUACGUACAAAAAAAGAUGCAUUUUAAUUUAGGGCCGGGAAUUAAUGCGAUCAUGCAUGCAUGGUCUCGAUGUUUAAGAAAAGAUGCAGUAGUAGUUGUUGCAUUGCAUACAUGUACGGCCGGCGAAUUGGUGACCAUUCUCACUUUCUUUAUAUAUGAUUAUUAUGUAUAUAGACAGAUAUAAUUCAGAGAUCAAUAAUAUAAUGGCCGGUGCUAUAUAUCUUAACACAUUGUUACGAAGAA